AUGGCUCAGUUCACCGUACCUGGGCAGAGGCCGGUCGAGCCUCUAGUCUCUACAUACUCCUCGACAUGCGCACAGGACCAUCUACGACCGUUCCGACCCGUCACCACGGCGGUCCUGCAGGAACCCCGCGGAGCCGACCAGGCUACCACCAGCACCGAGAUAACAUCCCAGAAACAGAACGGAUCGGCGCACGCGCAUAGCAAUGGCAAUGCAUCGUCUAUUCUUGCACAGUCUGGUGAAGAAGAAAUCCCUCCAUUGCCGACGGUGAUUGCGCGCAUUCAUGCCCGCGUACAAGCCUUCCUGGAGGAGUCACACCCGCCAGACUCCCUCCUCGCCUCGGUCCAGCGACAAACCCGCAUCUCGCUCGAUGUCGUCGCUAAGUCCCUUACUCAAUACAAGUUCUCUGAACUCUCGGUCUCUUACAAUGGCGGCAAGGACUGUCUGGUCAUGCUCAUCCUCUUCCUGGCGGGGUUACACCCCCACCUGAGCGCGUCGCAAUCUGGCAAACAAUCCGACGAUAUUACCUCUACCACGACGACCACCACCGCGACAAAUGAAGCCAACCCCUCCACAAUCACCUCGAUCCCCGCCAUCUACGCCCUCCCCCCAGACCCCUUCCUCGCCGUCGAAGACUUCGUCAUAACCUCCGCACAAGCCUACCACCUCCAAAUCACAAAAUACACCACCGCCCCACCCGCCACAACCCUCCGCUCCAGUUUCGAAGACUAUCUAUCCCGGCACCCUCGAAUCCGCGCAAUCUUCGUCGGUACACGACGCACCGAUCCGCACGGCGCGAAACUGACACACUUCGACCGGACUGAUCAAGGCUGGCCUGAUUUCAUGCGCGUCCACCCGGUUAUUGACUGGCAUUAUGCGGAGAUUUGGGCUUUUAUUCGUCAUUUGGAUCUCGCUUAUUGCUCGCUUUAUGAUAUGGGGUAUACCAGUUUGGGGGGUACCUCGGAUACGCAUCCGAAUCCGCGGUUGCGGAGGGAUAGUCAGAAUGGGGAUGGGAGUGCGGCUGGUGUGGAGGGAGAUGGGUAUUUACCGGCUUAUGAGCUUACCCAAGAUUUGGAGGAACGACUUGGACGCAAUUGA